GUCUUCUUCAUCAACACAUGGGUGCUCAUCGCCGUUCCUACUGAUCAUUUACAUGUUUUGAACAAAAUUAAAACAGUUUUCAGCAACGCUCUGUUUUCAUUCCGCCGCCAAAUGAAAGUUAAAGUCCUAUCGAGGAAUCCGGAUGAUUAUGUCCGGGAGACAAAACACGAUAUUCAACGCGUUCCCAGAAACUAUGACCCAAACCUCCACCCAUUUGAGGUGAGCAGGGAGUACACCCGGGCCCUGAACGCCACCAAGCUGGAACGAGUGUUUGCCAAGCCUUUCCUGGCCUCCCUGGAUGGACACAGAGAUGGGGUGAACUGUAUGGCAAAGCAUACAAAGAGCCUGUCCACUCUGUUGUCUGGCUCCUGCGAUGGAGAGGUGAAAAUAUGGAACCUCACCAAACGUGAAUGUGUUCGCACACUUCAAGCGCACGAAGGUUUUGUCCGAGGAAUGGUUGUCCGCUUCUGUGGAACGUCCUUCUUUACGGUUGGUGAUGACAAAACAAUAAAACAAUGGAAAAUGCAGGCACCAGGAUACGGAGAGGAAGAGGAGCCGCUAAACACUAUUUUAGGCAAGACUGUGUUCACAGGGCUUGACCAUCACCAGAAGGAGGGUGUGUUUGCGACAUGUGGCCAGCAGGUGGACAUCUGGGACGAGCAGAGGAGCAGCCCCAUCCGAUCCUUCACCUGGGGCGUAGACAGCUUCAGCUCCGUGCGAUUCAACCCUGUGGAGACUGAGCUUCUUGCAAGUUGUGCCUCUGACAGAAGUAUAGUUCUGUAUGACAUGAGAGAGUCAGCCCCACUUAAAAAGGUUAUUAUGACAAUGAGGAGCAACACAGUCUGCUGGAACCCAAUGGAAGCCUAUCACUUUACAUGUUCAAAUGAAGACUACAAUCUCUACACAUAUGACAUGAGGUACCUUGACCAGCCAAUCACAGUCCACAUGGACCACGUCUCGGCGGUGCUGGAUGUUGACUAUUCUCCUACUGGGAAGGAGUUUGUAUCUGCCAGUUUUGACAAGACCAUCCGGAUUUUCCCCAAGGACGGAGGCCACAGCAGGGAGGUCUACCACACCAAACGCAUGCAGCAUGUCAUCUGCAUAAAGUGGUCAUCAGACAACAAGUACAUCCUCAGCGGUUCGGACGAGAUGAACAUCCGGUUGUGGAAAGCCAACGCAUCGGAGAAACUCGGAGUGCUGGCCCCCCGAGAACGCGCAGCUGUCAACUACAACCAGAAACUGAAGGAGAAGUUCCAGCACCACCCGCAGAUCCGCCGCAUCACCCGCCACCGCCACCUGCCCAAGACCAUCCACCACCAGACCAAGGAGCUGCGCGUCAUGAGAGAGGCCCGCCGCAGAAAGGAGAGGAAUGUCCGCAAACACAGCAAACCAGGAGCCGUCCCCGUGGUGUCUGAGAAGGAGAAGCAUGUUGUGACGGUGGUUAAAUAGACAAACCUGGACAGAGUGGAAAACCCACUGACCACAACAGAGGUGGUGGUGGGGGUGGGGGGUUGAGUCCAGACCUCCAACACCAGUGGACAUGAACAGAGCCCACCUCAUAAUCAAACACUGAUGGACAGUUGACUGUGGUCCAGAGGUGAAAAACACAGACUGUUCACAUGUAAAUACACGUUUACAUCUGCUGGGAUGUAAAACUGAAGUUUGAACCAUUUCAUGGAUUUACAUGCUUUAAAGUGGGUUCAGUUAAUAUUGGAGUUACCGGAUUCUAAAGCCGGCCCAUCCAGAUUUCUAUUUUUCUCUUCUUUUUUAGUUUUUCAGAGCCAAAUCCCUCUAAGACACAACAAACUGAUUCUGUACAUUCACCAUCUGUAUGUAUGAGGGAUUUAUGCUGAAAUUUAUUUAUAAUAAAGGUUCAUUUACAAGAAACCACA